AUGUCCUUUGUGCAAACUCAAUCUCCCAGCCAGUGUCACUUUGAAAGAAUGGUCUUGACCAUCCCACCGUUAGUCCGUCACCGGCGCCAGCUCGGCAGAAGCUUUGGCAAAACAUCACUUCGCGCAAAGUGCAUCGUGCAGAUCGAUUAUCCUCACUACCAUCAUCCCAAUGAUUACUUCUCGCUGGAGAAUCUGGACAAGAUCCUCGAUCAAGGCGUAUUGACAAUACAAAUAUCCUUUUACUUCUCUUGGAUGAAUGGUCUUGCUUGCGUUGAGCCGAUGAUUUGGAUAGAGGAGCCAUUGCAAUUGAUAUUAAGACAUUGUGGACUGCAGUCCGAACGUCUGGACACCACCACACAGACCCAGCAUUCUCACAAGCCUGAUUACCGAUUCCGAUUGCUGCGUAGCACGUCAUCCUCCAUUAAUAGUCCACUGUCGACUAUGUUACAGCGGCCAGCACCUCAGGCGAACUUGAUCAAGAUUUAUUUGUUGAUGGACUGGGAAACAGAAGAGCCGGACAGUUUGACCGAUGCCCUACAAGAGCCCACUGAGAUGAUAAACGAAUAUUUAUUCAAUGCAAUGUUUCACGUCUUUUGUGAGAAUAUUGGUCCAAUGUAUCCUUUGGUGUUUUCACCCGUAUACGCCCAGAAAAUGGUUGAGAUAACACAUCUCAUUCCUGUCAUCGCGCAAUCAGUUUACAAGAUCGUCUCUGCGCAACAACUGGUAGCAGUUGAUCAUGAUAGACAGUCGCAGCCGAGUGCUACAAAUCAAGGUUCUAUGGCAAUAAUCCAGAGAUGCCUUCGUGAUGCAAGCAUCCUUCGGCGUGUGUCCGUUAACUCGCUCGAGAAAAAUAAUGACGAGGGUGCGACUAUUACUUGGACCGACCUGGUUGUUCUUCAUUAUUAUAAGUUAAAGUGUUCCACUCCAGUUCCUAAAUUCACAAAGAUCACUUAUCGUGCCUCUAAGCACGCUCAACAAAAGCAACAAGAAUCCUCCAGCACAGUAUUAUCGUCAUCAUCACUACCAACUGUAUCACCACUGUCAUCACUAUCCACGGCGCCAUCAUCGCUAUCAUUGUGA